AUGUCCACUACAGGAAUAGUAAUAUUUCACGAAUAUGCGAACAAGGAGGAAGUUCCGGUCGUAGCUUCAAAGGGAGUAUCUUCUUGGUUACAAUCCACGGAAACGAUAACUUGCAUGUCGUCCACGACUGCGCCUACAACGGAAACUCCUGGAGAUCCAGUGAAUGCGGACAACCCAGACUUAAUAAAAGACUUCUUCGGUCUUCAGAAUGCACCAGUGAGCACUGGCUCAAUCUCGCAGUGUAUUUCGAGACAGGCCAACGGGAAGCAAUACACUUUGAAAUCGCCGGGAGGAUGUGGACUAAAUGUGGUCAAAUUCGAAAUAUAUCCAUUUGCCAAAAUCAGCGGCUUAGACAAGAAAAAUUGGUGGAAGCACGCGGAAACCAAAAUGCAGUUUAAAGUCAGAUUUUAAGUCUAUUGAAUCAAUAACAGUUUUUAUAAGCCUAUAGUUUUAUGCCACGAUGAUUUCGGUAAUUUAUUUUAAAUGCACUGUCUACCUAUAAGCUACAAUGUCCCUUCCACGAUAUAAAUAAUAAUAAAUUGAGAUUCUCCAUCCGUCUACAAAGAACCAAGCUUACAAACCAAAGUCUUAUUUGGAAAUAUACACCUAACGGUUUAAUUAUAUUCACACAUGGCAACACUAAACAACAUGUGCCAACACAAUAUUUGGCAUUGUAUAGUAAAAAUAUUUUUAAAGAAUAUCCCAUUUUGUAUUUUCAAAAAUACUGUUUCUUUUCUUUUAGUUGGCAACACUUGUUUAGCGUUGCUAUGUGGGAAAAUGGCAGUCGAACGAAUAAACGAGUUUGGAUUUUAUAACUACCAUAUUAUCAUGCUGAAAUAUACAUAUUAUAUCAUUGCGACGCGUUCAUGGGGUCGUAGGCAGGGAACUAACAUUAUUACUUAUUUUGGAAAGAAGAAUAUACUUCUAAACUGUCUGUUCAACUGUAAUCGCACACAAAAUGGACAUUCUCAAACACAUUUCCCUUAAAAUUCUACUAUAAUAAUAAUAAUAUUUUAGUAACUUCUGAUAAACUCCGCCCCCACCCCGCCCCUUACAAACGUAACAAACAGAAAUAUGUCCGUCUCGCUCACUCAUUCUCACUCGCGUCACGCACAACCGCUUUGUUUAUAUUUUUUAUUUAUUUAUUUAUUUAUAAUAACUAAUCGCGGCGGCGGCCCCUCUUAUAAAUUGUGCGUCAUCCCAACUUUAUUAUUUAAAAACCUUAUGAUUGUGAGCAUAAGGUUAUAAAUUUAUUGAAAAAUAAUUAGAAAACUACCAAUGAGAUAUGCAUACAAGUGUUUUUUGCCUAGUUUUUUAACAUUGUUCAAAACUAGAUUAAUAUUUUGACUUUGAUUUUGACUUAUAAGAGAAUAUCGUUACUUGGGAGAGGUUUUACGACGUUUUCCUGAUAGAUUCCUGCUUACCCCCGAGCCGCCGCCGUGUCUAAACUAGUCUUACUCGUGUGUCGGCGCUGACGACAUUAAUACUAUACUUUGCGACAGCCGACGGCUGUUACAUAAACACUCGACAACUUCACCACUCACUUUGCCAUUUCAAGUUAUUUUUAUCUUCAAUUUUAUUCCUACAGCUGCGACUAGCCGCCGAUAGGCAAUACUAUAGUUUAAAAGUGAUAAUCUCUUGGGGAUUAUUAAUCCCCAAGCUCAUUGACAAGUUUGGUGAUUAUGGUUUUCACUUUCCUAGAACUAUACAAGAUAUUUUGACAAUGAUGAUGAUGUAAUUUCGAG